CUCACUUUCAAUCCCUCUCUCUCUCUCUCUCUCUCUACUGCAAGUGCAAGUUUUUAAUGGUUGCGUGAAGCAGAAGUUUGGAAUAUUAGUGUUUUCUUGGAGAUUUCUGAGUGUUGCUUGAAAUGGGGAAGAAAGAUCAGAAAGACGACGCCAGGGUUGAAGCCGUUCUGGAGCUUCUCAGAAAACAAGCCCCUCUUACAGUGAAGCAGGAGAAGUUCUGCAACAGGGCAUGUGUAGAACGGUUUCUGAGAUCCAAAGGAGAUAGUGUGAAGAAGGCUGCGAAGAACUUAAGGGCUUGUCUUUCUUGGAGAGAGAGUAUCGGCACUGAGCAUUUAAUAGCAGAUGAGUUCUCAGCUGAGCUCGCCGAAGGCGUUGCUUAUGUUGCCGGUCACGAUGAAGAAUCCAGACCCGUUUUGAUUUUCCGGAUCAAGCAAGAUUACCAGAAAUUCCAUUCCCAGAAACUGUUUACUCGUUUGCUGGUGUUUACACUGGAGGUGGCGAUUCAAAGCAUGCCAAAAAACGUAGAGCACUUCGUUCUCCUUUUCGACGCAAGCUUUUUCAGGUCUGCAUCGGCUUUUAUGAACUUAUUGCUGGCAACGCUGAAAACUGUGGCGGAGUACUACCCAGGCCGGCUGUUGAAGGCUUUUGUCACAGACCCUCCCUCCCUCUUCUCUUAUUUAUGGAAGGGGGUGCGACCGUUCAUUGAGCUAGCAACGGUCACAUAUGUGGUGUCAUCGCUAGAUUUUGAAGAGUCAUUGGAGUUCAACGAUUUCUCAGCCUACCCACGAGCCUCGUCCCUCCGAUUCGACCCUUCGUCCUUACAAUCGACGGCCAAGAUUGGCUCAUGCUCAUCCUCCCGCUUCUCGUUCACUGUCUCACACCACUUUGACUCACUCAAACCAUGGUACCUCAGCUUAACGGACACGUCAGCUUCCAAAGUAGGACCCACCGGCCCCUCUCCUCUGGGCCCGGCACUCAUCUCCCCACUCAACGCCCGGUCACUCUCGUUCGCAUCACCGGCUGCGAGAACGCCACCUGGAAGCAUCUACGGUGGUAGCAGCAAUAGGCUAACGAGGAAGUCCCUGUUCCCUUCGACCCCGUUGCCACAGCGCAGCACAGGCCGUGAGGCAGGCAAAUCCCCACACCCGCGUACCCCACGGCCCUCGUUCCUCCAAUCACCGGCCAUGUUCUUUCGCAAGGAGAACCACGUCAGCAGGACGGACAAGUCCCGUGAGUCGUUUGUGCCGUUUUUGAAGUUCUACAGGAGGCCGUACGAUGAGAUGAUUUACAGGUCAAAGAUGAGGCCCCCACUGGGAGGACUAAUCUCCAUCGUCUCUCCCCACCUCAGACGCCGCCACGUGUCCGUAUCCCAACGGUUCUAAACGAAUCAAAAAGAGUAAAUAGGGCAUUAACAACUGCUAAUAAUUGAUUAUUUAUUUCGCAAUUCAAGUUUCCUCGUGCGUUGAUUGUCAACACCAAGAAAAAGGAAAAAAGAAAAAAAAUUCACGACGACGUGCUGGGUGGGGUGUGAGAUGGUGUGCAGUGCACCAUGUCCAAUUUUGAGCUUUGUGGCAUUUACAAGAAUUAACAAAGUCUACAGGGUUUUGGGUUUUGGGUUUUGGAGGGCCAAAAAGCAUGCAUGGGAACAAGAUAGCGUGGUCGAGACGGCGAACACUGCUUUGGAAAUCAUAUGGUGGGAAAUAGAACUGUUGUACUCAACCAACCAAAGCGUUGAAAAGAAAGAAAUCUCUGUUUCAAUUCAAAAGUUGAUAUAUAAUUUUUAUUUUUUGUUGUUUGUGAA